AUGUUCAAAUCUAACAUGAAACUAAUAUUUUUCAUAUCUCUUAUAUUAAUCAGUUCCAUAUGGAUCUAUUCAGUUGAAUCAAUCAAAUGUUAUACAUGUGAUCAAUGUUCACUUCCAUUACAAUUAGAACAUUUCGAAGUAGCGGAUGGUUGUAAAUUUUGUAAAACCAUAGAACAUUCACGUUAUUUCUUAGGGGGUAUAGCAACAAGACAAUGUGUACAACAUUGUAAACCAUUAUCAAAUUGGCUUUAUUGGAGUUAUAAAUCAGUACAAUUUACAGUAAAUUGUUGUAAUCAAGAUUUGUGUAAUACAUCUAAUUUUAAAUCAAUUAAUAUGUAUCUACUAUUAAUUUGUCCUUUAUUAUGGCAAUAUUUUAUUGAUUUUCUUUAA